AUGAUUGUGACGGCCACCACAGAGGUCUACAUCGCUACAGCGCGAGGCCCUGUGAACCCGUACCACGUGCAGAUCCUGCCGGUGAAGCAUGCGCCGUGCUUCGCCGCCUGCCCUCCAGAUCUACAACAAGCAUUGCAGGUGCAGCUGGUGGCUUUGCGCAAGAUGUUCGCUGACGCAGGUCAGGAAUGCCUGCCGGGGAGCCUUCAACGGCGUCGAAACGCGCGGGGUGUCUUCGCCGUCCGCCGCGCCACCCACAGAGGGCCUCCACAGCGCGCCACCCGCGGGUUGGAGUGGAUCCUGACUGCACACCGGAUGCUUGGGGCAUCGCGCCCCCCUCCGAUCCCACCGGACCGAGUCAGACCCGGACGCCCGCAUCCGCGGCCUGUGCCGCCCAGGGUGUGGGAGAGAUGGAUCCCCAUGGGCAUGUCCAGUGCCAACCACAUGCAAGUGCAGGUGCUGCCCAUCGAUAAGUCUCGUCGGAGCCUUGCAGUGACGGAGCUGGCCAAGUCGGGCGGCCCAGGUCGGGCAUCGCUACAUAGACAAGUGAUGCCAUGGGAUGGUGGAAAGAAGCGAAUACGAGUGAAGUUGGUGCAAUGCAAAGCUGAUGUGGUGCGAGAGACGGCGAGGGCGGUCGGCUGGCGCGAGUGUGACCUGGGCGACGACAACUGGGAUGUGGCCUGGGCGGACACGACGGCUGCCUUGUUCCGAGCAGUUCAGCAAGUGAAACCUUUCCAGCGGGUGAACCACUUCCCGUUGAUGCAGAUCAUUUGCCGGAAGGAUCUCUUAGCACAGCAUUUGCAGACGAUCCGACAGCUCUGCCCCAGCGGGGCACAGGAGUUUAGCUUCUUCCCCGAGACGUGGGUCCUGCCUGGUGACUUGCAACGUUUCUGGACCUUUGUCCAGCAAAGCUUCGAGAAGGCGUCGCCGGCCAAGGAGUCCCGUGGCCGGGAGCGCUCCAAGUCCUUCGGACGGCGCUCGCAGCGGUCGCAAGGCAGAUCAGUCGACCCCCACACGUCCGAUGACGAAGAUCAGGAGCCGAUGACCUUCAUCGCCAAGCCUCGCUCCGCGGCGCGCGGCGAGGGGAUCUUCCUUUUCCAGGUGAGGGCCUCAGACCUGCGGGCUCCGCGCCAGCGGCUCCGGGAGGUCUUUGAUGCCGAGAAACUAGUAGUCCAGAGCUUCCUGGAGAAACCGCUGCUGAUUGACGGCUAUAAAUGGGACAUGCGUGUCUAUGUCUUAGUGACCUCGGCACAUCCCUUGACCGUCUACUUGUACACGGAUGGCUUGGCACGCUUCUGCACCGACCUCUACGCACCGCCCUCGAGCGAGAAUCUGGAGAUGCGGGAGAUGCAUUUGACGAACUUCUCCAUCAACUGGGAAUCUGAGUUCUUCGAAGACACGGAGGAUGGAGCCACUGGCAGCAAGCGCUCUUUGCGUACUGUACUGGAAUCCUCGAUCGAAAAUGGCGAGGAGAUUUGGUCGGCGAUCGCGUGCUGCGUGAAGAAGACGCUGCUGGCCAUUGGCCCAAAGAUGGAGGACCACUACGACCGCUUCUUUGGGCGGUCGCGCGACGGGGGCGGCAGCGCGUGUUUCGAGCUCUUGGGCUUCGACUUCAUCCUCGAUGAGCAGCAGAGGCUCUACUUGUUGGAGGUCAACUCGGCCCCUUCCUUGUCAUGCCCCACCAGCUUGGAUCGCGAGAUCAAGGAGAAUGUGCUCUCGGAGGGCUUUCGCUUGCUGCGCUUGGAUGGGUCUGAGAAGGUGAAGCACGCCGAGCGGCAGCAGCAGCGGCUGGUCGACCGGCACAAGGAACACUUGGCACGGCGUGAGGAGCUGGCCAGACAGAAAGAAGAUUGCAGGAGCUCCGUGGGCUUCUUGAGCUCCACCCACCGCUUCCCCAAGCUGCCCCCAGUGGGAGUGCCGGGCACCCUUACCGCGCCUGUGCCCGGCGCGGUGCCGGUGCCGGUGCCAGUGCCUGAGAAGCGGUCGGAGAAGCACUGGUCCACGCGGCUGGAGGAAAGUCCUCCAAAAGAGCUGGAGCAUCUGAAGGUGAAGAACGUCCCAGGCUUUGUGAGCUACUUGGAGGAUUCUGAGACCGACACCGACAGGAACAGCGAGGACGAGGAGGCCUUCGGCUCCCAGGCGGAGGAGGGCUCCGACCACGAGGCGGAGGCGUUUCGCUUCCUGGGCAUUCCGGUGAGUCCCAACUAUGUCCAGAUCUUGCCCAUCUCCGAGGAUGAAGGCAUUUGGCAGGAGAUUCAAGCUGGUGCUACCCGACUCGCCCAAGGCUGGACGGCUGCGCGCCCGCAGAGCCAGCCACCGAGACGGGUGAGCCAAAUGGCGACUUCAGGUGCUCCGCCCCAAACGCCGAGAAGCAGUAGCCGUCCUCGUUUGAAGACCAUGUUGCCGAAAAGUGUGCCACCAGCACGUGUGUCGGUGCGAUCGGUGCUCCCGCUGAAGACGGUCCACCUCGGGCUUUGA